AUGGGCUGCUGCGAAUCGGCGUUUUUGAAACAACCUAAUACAUCUGAGAAGGAUCAACGCAGGGGACAAAAAUACCCUAACCACCAUCAGCCCAACGGCACCGCCGCCGGUGCUGAGGCGUCCGGCGGCGUACCGGCCUUCGGCGAGUUCUCGCUCGCCGACCUGAAAGCGGCGACCAACAGCUUCAGCUCCGAAAAUAUCGUGUCGGAAAGCGGCGAGAAAGCCCCGAAUCUCGUGUACAAGGGUCGCCUCCAGAAUCGGCGAUGGAUUGCCGUCAAGAAAUUUACCAAAAUGGCCUGGCCUGACCCCAAGCAAUUCGCCGAUGAAGCAUGGGGUGUUGGGAAGUUGAGAUAUAAGAGGCUUGCCAAUUUGAUCGGUUACUGCUGCGAUGGCGAUGAGAGGUUGCUUGUGGCUGAGUACAUGCCAAAUGAUACCUUGGCAAAACAUCUAUUCCACUGGGAGAACCAAACCAUUGAGUGGGCCAUGCGUCUAAGAGUUGCUCUAUAUAUUGCUGAAGCGUUGGAUUAUUGCAGUACUGAAGGCCGCCCACUGUACCAUGACUUGAAUGCAUACAGGGUUCUCUUUGAUGAGAAUGGUGAUCCGCGGCUUUCAUGUUUUGGCUUGAUGAAAAACAGCAGAGAUGGGAAAAGUUAUAGCACCAAUCUUGCAUAUACGCCUCCAGAGUAUCUCCGAAAUGGAAGAGUCACUCCAGAGAGUGUUAUGUUCAGCUUUGGGACUGUGCUUUUGGAUCUUCUCAGCGGAAAGCACAUCCCACCAACUCAUGCUCUGGAUAUGAUACGCGGAAAGAACAUUCUUCUACUGAUGGAUUCACAUUUGGAGGGUAACUUUUCCACAGAAGAAGCUACUGCAGUUUUUGGCCUGGCUUCGCAAUGCCUGCAGUAUGAACCUAGGGAGCGGCCAAAUACUAAGGAUCUAGUUGCAACACUUGCCCCACUGCAGAACAAACCUGGCGUUCCAUCUUAUUUGAUGCUGGGAAUUCCGAAGGGUGAGGAAGCACCACCUACUCCACAAAACUCUCUUUCUCCAAUGGGUGAUGCGUGUACACGGAUGGAUCUGACAGCUAUUCAUCAGAUUUUGGUGAUGACACAUUACAAAGAUGAUGAAGGAACCAAUGAGCUAUCUUUCCAAGAGUGGACUCAACAGAUGAGAGAUAUGCUUGAGGCAAGGAAGCGUGGAGACUUGGCAUUUCGUGACAAGGAUUUUAAGGCUGCCAUAGAUUGGUAUUCUCAGUUCAUAGACGUGGGUACCAUGGUUUCCCCAACCGUAUUAGCUCGGCGAAGCCUUUGCUAUCUCCUUAAUGACCAACCAGAUGCAGCCCUCCGAGAUGCAAUGCAAGCACAAUGUGUGUAUCCAGACUGGUCCACAGCAUUCUAUAUGCAGGCGGUUGCCCUAGCAAAGCUGGACAUGCACAAGGAUGCAGCUGAUAUGUUGAGUGAAGCUGCUUCUCUUGAAGACAAAAAGCAACGAGGUGGUAGAUGAUCUUGAUAAAUAUCCCUGUAUUAUUCUUGCUAUAAAUCAAUUGUUGUUGUUGUUGUUGCUAAGCAAAUAUGCUGGGUUUAUGUACAACUUGAAUGAGGGUAUGUAGUGGUUGUCUGAAGAUGUACCAUAGAGGGAGAAGAUACACUUGUUUUUGGCUCGUAACAAUGUUUGUUUUUUACCUGAAAUUGUUUUAAGUAAUAAAUUUGCAUUACAUGUGUACAAAA